GUCAAACCUGUGCUUCGUGGUCAACUGGUCAUCCUCUCUCCCAACUUAUUACAGGAACACGAGCUGAACAAUAGAGAACCCUAGAUUGUUUUCCUCCUCGCCGAAACACGAAUCAUAGUCUCGUUAAGGAAAGAAGGCAUCUUCUCGAAUUCAAACGGGCCAACUAAGCUGCUUCCAUGGCUAGUAGAAUAAUUGCGCAGUUCAUUGUGAUGGGUUCUGGGAUAUUGGGUCGUGCUUUCUUUCAAGCCUAUCGUCAAGCCAUUGCUAAUGCAUCUAAAACUGGCGUUGCACAGGAAGCAAUGCAGAAUGCAGUACGCAAAGCAGGAAAAGCCAUUAACGCGCAAGAGGCUAGGCAGAUUCUCGGUGUAACCGAGCAGACCUCUUGGGAAGAGAUUUUACUGAAAUACGACAAGCUAUUUGAGAAUAACGCCAAAGCUGGGAGCUUUUACCUUCAGUCGAAAGUUGUUCGAGCCAAAGAAUGUCUCGAAGUUGUGUACAGGACCAAAGCCAAUUUGUAGGAUUCUUUUCUUUUUUUUUAAUGCUCGUUUAUGUAGAAUCCAAGACGAUGUCACAGUUCUUGCCAUAGUUUUGGUCACCUCUUACUUAAUAAUAAUAACGAAAGGGGCCUUGCUCUGUUUA